UCGACUUCCCGCUUCUGCGUCACGUGACCUUAUAGUACGAAGAAGACAUGGCCGACAAAGAAGAUGUCGCGGAAAAGACUAUCGCGGAGGAUUUGGUUGUCACCAAAUAUAAAAUGGCUGGUGACAUCGUUAACAGGGUCCUGAGGCAGGUUAUUGAUAGAUGUGUUGCUGGUGCGUCUGUCAGAGAAAUAUGCGAGUUUGGGGACACGCUUAUUUUGGAUGAAACAAGCAAAGUUUUCAAGAAAGAAAAGGAACUUAAGAAAGGAAUAGCAUUCCCCACAAGUGUGUCUGUGAAUAACUGUAUUUGCCAUUUUUCCCCCUCUCACGGUGAACCUGAUGUUGAACUGAAGAAUGAUGACAUGGUUAAAGUUGAUCUGGGUGCCCAUGUUGACGGCUUUAUUGCCGUUGUUGCCCACACGGUAGUAGUUGGUGCGAAUCGCAAUAAUAAGGUGAAAGGUCGCAAAGCAGAUGUAGUGUUGGCAGCUCAUUAUGCAUCACAGGCAGCUCUGAGGCUUUUGAAACCAGGAAAUGAGACAUUUGCUGUAACAGAUGCUGUGCAGAAGGUGUGUGAGGCAUACAAGUGCAAACCAAUUGAGGGCAUGCUGAGCCAUCAGUUAAAGCAGUUUAAAAUCGAUGGUGAGAAGACGAUAAUACAGAAUCCAAAUGAUGCGCAGAAGAAAGAGCAGGAGAAAUUUGAGUUUGCUACACACGAAGUUUAUGCAAUGGACGUGCUCGUUAGUACAGGGGAAGGAAUAGGCAAGGAGACAGCUACUAGAGUUACCAUAUACAAGAAGACAGACGAGACAUACCAGUUGAAGCUGAAGACUUCAAGAACAUUCUUUAGCGAAGUUAGUCACAAGUAUGGAACGAUGCCAUUCAAUCUCCGUGGCUUUGAAGAUGACAAAAAAGCAAAAUUAGGUGUAAUGGAAUGUGUGAAUCACAAACUCAUUGAACCUUUCCAGGUGCUUUAUGAAAAGUCGGGUGAAUUUGUUGCGCACUUCAAGUUCACUGUGUUACUGAUGCCUAAUGGUCCUCAUCGCAUAACGGGAUUGCCAUUCGAACAGGAGCUGUAUCAGUCGGAACUUAAUGUGGAUGACCCAGAUUUAAAGGCCCUGCUGAAUACCUCUGCUAAUCCCAAGACAGCAAAGAAGAAGAAAAAGAAGGCAGAAAAGGCAAUUUUAAAUGACGCGCCUGUAGAGGUUGAGGGAGAAGCAUAACAUUUGUGCUUUUUUAAAAAAUGUGGCUUGGAUAAUUGGUUCCGUGAACUUCAAAGAAAUUUGUUCUGGACUUCGAAUCGUGGAACGAGAUUACCACUGAGCACUUUUAGUGUCAAUCUUCCUGGACAUCUGUUAGUUGGAGGAGAUAUGUACUUGCUUUUUGCCCUUCCUUUAAAGAAAAGAGAGAAAUUGUUAACGUGUUGUGGCGUUAAAAUCUAACCUCUAAACUCCUUCAGCCUUCUGUUUUUGUAUGUGUGAGUGUGACGAAAAGAAAAAUCCAUUACAUCAGAAACUGUAAUGGUUAUGUGCAGUGGCUUUCCUGCGAAAGCUAAUAAAGUUUUAUUUUAUUCUGAAACGACAGCGAGAGUUCUCGUAGUUGUGUGCAUAUUUUGUUUUCAGGCAGUUGUGUGCGUAAUAAAUCUGUCACUUUUUACAAACUGUUGAAACAGUGAAAAAAUUACUUUGUCCCAGAAACUUCGGUGGACAGGAGUCUUCUUGUUUUUCUUUUAGACAAGAUAAAAUAACGAUGUGAUAUCGAUAUAGGUACUCGAUGACAUGAAUUCACAUUAGGCACUUGUCUUUCCAGGGAAGCGUAGCAUGGAAUGUGAAGUUUGGUUACUGCCUGUAAAUAAUAAUGAUACAAGGAUUUUUUUUAUUUUUCAUUAUGCUUCAUUUACACUGUGGUAUGCUUGAUGUACUUUUUUCCUGUUGUGUGUACUUACAGAAUUUCGGGUUAACUGAGAGUGUGUCUAUGUGGAAUGUAUUUUCUUUUUAAGAAUAUUGCUCUGUACAACCAUUAGAUAAGUUUGUGGACACUAAUGUAAUUAAAGUAUUACUAUUUUUCAACUGAGAAAAAUGCUCUCAGGAGGAGAUAGCCUAUUGAAUUUGAAGAUGUGUGCAAGUAAACGAGCUAAUGGUACCUCCAGCCCAGUCAGAUUUUGCAACAUAUAAUAGGAGCCUCAUGCACAAUAAGUGAUAUUGACUAAUUAUUUGUUAUUUCUUGGUUAGGUUUUGGUUUGAGAUUUGUGCGAUCUCUUAGUAAUAUGUGAUAGUUUGAGUGAGUCAUAAAAAAGUGCUUGUGUUGGAAUCCAAAUAGUUGUAUUUUUUAAUACCAGAAAACUAAAUUUCUUUUGAGGAAGAGAGAUUUGAUUAAAUGUUGUCUGUGUUUAAUUUUUUAUCACAUGUGAACUGCUAUAUUUUCUUGUAAAGAAUCCUCUACCCAGUCCUCCCUACCCUAGCUCCCCCCCCCCCCCCCCCCUCUCUCUCUCUCUCUCUCUCUCUCUCUCUCUCUCUCUCUCUCUCUCUCUCUCUCUCUCUCACUCUCUGUGCAUUCUGAGUUCUCUAAAAGAUCCAUAAUUUCAUGCUUGAACUGUUCCUAAUACUCACACAAUCAUAACAUCACAUAAUUUUCCUCUUAAUCUGUGGCAUUAUGUAAAAUGUGUUUUGAAAAGGUGACAUACAAAUGUACAAACAGGGAAGUCAUAAGUCAUGCAAUUAAUCACUGUUCUGUAAAAGUAUAUUCUUUGUGGAGGGAACAAAAUACUGAUAAUUAUCUUGAGAGUAGAGCUAGUGCUGAAAUAUUUUUCCGGUCAACCAGUGUCACGAUUCACAACAAUUUUCAUUACUCACUUUACAGUCUUGUGCAGCAAAAAGUGUUUUUUGUGUCAAUGUGAGCAGGAAUAAUUUGGUUUUAUAUUUUGGUUAUUGUAUGUAUGUGUGUGGGGAAAGGAACAUACAGUGCCUCACAGCUUUGUCAGUAUUUUUGUUUGUAUGAGCAUAAAUGUGAAAUAACAAACACACUGACAAUCAAAUACAUCAUCUUAAAAUUAUAAUAAAGAAACAUGACUGCUAGUUGACAGAAA